GUUUAGCGCGUUUCGUCUGAGUUCUGAUAUGUUUUAUUUCAAAUCUGGCCUGAGAUUUAUUUUACUAGCUUCAAACUUUUUGUUCAAAGCAAUCUUGUAAAAAUAGCCCUAAAAUCAAGCCUGGGACUUACCUAAAUUAUAACAACACGAUUUUAAACCAAUGUUCAAGUUUUAAUUUUUUUGUUAGUUUGGUCCAGACCUUUAAGAACCCGCGCCGUUUGGAACAUUCUGUGUUCUUUAAAUAUAAUUGAAUGUGUUCUGUUGAGAUUCUGAUCGGUUGUAAACAAAGGGCAUUCUGCAUUAUUUAAAUUAAAUCUUUUUUUUUAAAUCUAUAAUUAAUCUUUCAUCCCCUCCUAUUUCAUCCUUUAUCUGCGGAACAGGGUCGCGAUGUCAGACUGUCCCAAGCCCCGGCUGCUGUCCCUAUCACAUCGGAAGCUACCUCUCACCCCCUUUGGCUGUUUGUGGAUCCCGUGCAGUAACCGAUUCGUUUGCCUGGGGACUGACUCCGGCUCCGGGGCACCAAACAGGGGAAUCAUCAGGGUGUACGGAACAACGAGCGGCGAGAUCAGAGACGUACAUACGCCUUUAGUUACCUUCUGUACUAACAUUCCAGAAUCUACAAUUUCUGUGAGCUUUUUGAUUCUUUUAUGGGAUGUGGAACCCACUGGCAGGACCAGCACUUAUUGCCCACUUCUGAUUGCCCUUGAGCUGACUUACAUUCAGAGAGCAGUUAAGAGUCACUCACAUUUCUCUGAGUCUGGAACGACAUAUAAGCCAAACCAGAUCGAAAAGCCCAGAGCUUUCAGAUGUGGGACAUUUGGAGCUACUAGUCUACAGCAGAGGCAUCUGGCAACAGGAGACUUUGAGGGCAAUCUUCACAUCUGGAACCUGGAAGCAUCUGAAACUCCCCUGUACUCAGCCAAAGCACAUCUUGAGAUCAUUAACGGCAUUGAUGGUGUGGGUGGGCUUGAAAACGGACAUGGGGCCCCAGAGAUUGUCACUGGCAGCAGGGAUGGUACAGUGAAGGUCUGGGAUUCACGACAAAAGGACCUUCCUGUAGCCAACAUGGAACCUGCAGUAGGAUUCAACCGGAGAGAUUGCUGGACCGUUGCUUUUGGCCACUCAUGCUCCCAAUGGGACCGCUGUGUUUGUGCUGGAUAUGACAAUGGGGAUAUUAAACUGUUUGACUUACGAAACAUGGAAGUGCGAUGGGAGACAAACGUCAAGAGCGGGGUUUGCUGUGUGGAGUUUGCUGGAAAGGACAUGAGUUUGAAUAAACUGGUGGCAACAACGCUGGAAGGAAGGGUCCAUGUCUUCAAUAUGCAGAAAUAUCACACAAACAGUGGCUUUAUCUGUCGGAGUGAGAAGCCAUACAAAUUUACGGCUUGGGUGGUGCGGCAUUUGCCUCAAAAUCGAACUGUCUUCAUAACAAGCGGAGGAGCUGGCUGUCUGCACCUCUGGAAACACAGUGAAUCUUCACUGAUGCUUGAAAGAAGUGACAAUGAGCCAGAUGACAAGACUUCAACAUGUACCACUACACUCCUGAACACCAUCUCCCUCUCAUCUCAACCCAUUGGUAGCCUGGAUUGGAAUACUGAUAAACAAGGCCUGUGUAUCUGUGCAUCCUUUGAUCAUAAUGUUCACAUCCUCAUCAUCGCAGAGCAACAGUGUUUCUGAACACAGCACACAAUGGAAUCAUUGUCAACUCUUGAACUGUCCAUAGACUGGUGUGAAAUUUCAAGAGUCUUAACAAGGAAAACCACACUCCGGCCAUGACACGGUGUCUGAAGUAGCAAUAUAUUGUUAGGGCUUAUAGUGUAACAAAAGGUUGAAUUAUUCAUUUCAUUGUUAUUCCAAACACUUGGCAAAAUAAAGGAUAUGACAGGAUUUAAAUUCCACCCACUGCAUAGUCAAAGAGGGAGGCGUCAUGGAAUAACAAAAUAUUGCCAAUCAUGCUCAAAUUAUUUCCACUUUUUUUUUUUUAAAAAUUCAUUUGUGGGGCCUGUGCCUCACUGGCUGGCCAGCAUUUAGUGCCUGUCCCUAGUUGCCCUUGAGGUGAUGUGGCUGCCUACUUGACCCACUGCAGUUGAUCUUUGUAGGUAGACCUACAAAGGCAUUAGGGAGAGAAUUCCAGGAUUUUGACCCUGCAACAGUGAAGGAAUGCCAAUUAUAUUUCCAAGUCAGGAUGGUGAAUUAGCUCACGAUGGAACUUGCAUUAGGUGGUAUUCCCAUGUAUCUGCUGCCCUUCUCCUUCCAGAUGGAAGUGGAGUGGCUUUGUAAGAUACCAAGAAACAAACACAAAGUUAUUAAAUGGAGAAAUGUGUAGCUCCUGGUAAUUACAAGGCUAUUCAAAUUGUUUCAAUUCCAGAAGAGCAAAACAGUCAUCAAAAAGUAGUAUCCCAAAACUGCGGUGGUGACAAAACACUCUGGAGCUAUUUGAGAAUCAUGACUAUGAUUUUGUAUGUGCUUAAAAUAAUUUAAUUGUGUUCAAAAUUAAGGAGACAUUUGGAUUUGUUAGUUGUAGGACCUACAGCACAAGGGGCAAUGAUUCAGGCCAUUCUGCCUGUGCCUACUCUUUGAAGAAGCUAGGCAAUUAAUUCCAUUCUCUUGCUCUUCCCUUGUACUCCUGCAAUGUUUCUUCCUUUCCAAAUCAACUUGCUAUGGGAAUCUAUUUUUACACCUUAACCUAGUUAUUUUGCUAAGUACAAUACCUGGUACUGAUCGGGGAGGCGAUGGCCUAGUGGUAUCAU